ACACCGUUUCCUCCCAAAUCCCGCGUUUAAUCAAAUAUGGCGACGAACAGACGAGGCAAGGAGGCAGAGACCCCUAUGGAGGAUGAUGAUGCAUUUGUUUACGUGUUUGACAGGAGAGAUAAAGAUGCACCUGAUGUUAAAAUACCUACAGGAGGCUUAUUUAGCUUUGAAGAUUUCAAAGAAAGGGUUAGGGAGGCCUUGCAAAUCAAGAAGAAGGAUAACUUUGUUAUUGCCACAACAAACAGAGAGGAAAUUAAAGAUGAUGAAACUUGGGAUGAUAUAGAUAAUGGAGACACUCUCUAUGUUCUGAAGAAGAUUAAUCAAGAGCUCUGUGCCCCAGCAAAUGAAAGAGUUAACUUUGUUCCACAUUAUGACACUAUUGUGAAGGGAGGACUGUAUGAGUACUAUGCAUCAGAAGGACAGAAUCCACUACCAUAUGCCUUUGCUGAGUUAAUUGAUAAUGCAUUAUCAGCCACAGCAGAAAAUACUGGACCCAGAAACAUUGACAUUUUAUUGCAUUUUGAUGAUGGGAAGCCAUCAAAUCAUGCCAUAUUUAUAAUAGAUAACGGAAAAGGUAUGACACCAAGACAACUGAACAACUGGGCUAUUUAUCGACUCUCUAAAUUCAAACGCAAAGAUAAAAGAGGAAAAGUGAGCUUUAUUGAGGGGGAGGAUGAUGAUGAGGAAGUAGAGCAGAAACAAGCCCCUCUUUGUCUUAACAGUGAUAUCUCUUACUUUGGUGUGGGAGGAAAGCAGGCUGUAUUCUUCAUUGGAAAUUCCACUAGGAUGAUGACAAAGGCUAUGGAUUCUCAAGAUAUUCAUGAGCUGACAAUGUCAAAGGAGGAAUUCAAACAAAAAGAGAUCAACAAAGAGUCGGUGUACAGUGGCUUCAUCAGGAAUAGAAAGGUAGGGGACUCAUCCCACAUUCAGCCAGAAAAUGAAAUCCUGCAAAACAUCAUUAAAGAAGAAAAGAAAAAACAGAGUUUUACUGUUGUGGAAAUAGGUGGCAUCAACCCAAGUCAUGUUUCGUAUCUUAGACAUCAUAUUGGUGACUGGACAAGACAACUGGCGCAUAUUUACCAUUACUACAUCCAUGGUCCAGAGGGGAAUCGAGACAUAGAUGAUGAUGCAGAUCAAAGACCCAGCACUCCAUUCAACAACAUCAAUAUCAGGGUAAAGCUGAAUGUGAAAGGAAAGCCAGCAACAGAAAUAAACUUGCGUGACAUACAAGACGACAUGCAGUCACUGUAUGUCAGGAACUCAGCAAGUCAGUUCUUCUUUAAGGCAACCACAGAAGGAGCGGGGGUAGUAGAGGGAAUUAUCCGUUAUCAUCCCUUUCUUUAUGACAGUGAAACAUAUCCAUCUGAUGUUAAUGAUCCACGAGGAGAAACAGAGUUUGAUGAACAUGAUUAUGCUGUCAGCACCAGACCAGCAAGGGGGAGGCGCCCUAUUUUUGAAUGCUAUUGGAAUGGUAGACUUAUCCCGUACACUACUGUAGAGGAAUUUGAUUGGUGUUCUGAGCCAAAGAAGAGCCGAACUAUUGCAGUAGAAUGCUGGAAUAGAAUAUCUGGUGUGCUGUUCACAAAUGACCACUUCCAGGUCAGCACCAAUAAGCUGACCUUUCUUGACCUAGAGAUGAGAUUACGAGAUAAGAGCUCUAUAUUCAGUAGGGUAGUAAAUGGACAGGAAAAGCGUACAUCAAUUGAGAAAGAGUUCUUAAACUGGUUGAAAGAUUGUCAUGAACAGCAUGACAAACAGAUCCACUUCACUGGAUAUUCAGGUCAAGUUGUGAGAGCGGACCUUCCCAAGCAGAAGCAGACCCCAUGGAGUCGGUACAAAAGUGUUGUUUGGGACAACAAGACAUUCAAAGUGGGACAGAUGGUGAAGAUACUGAGAACUACCCCUGUACUGCUGGGCACUAUAAAGAAUUUUUAUCUGUAUGGAGAACAUGAAGAGGACACAUUUGCAACAGGUGGUGAAAUUGAGAUCCAGCAGGAGCCACAAUCUCUGUAUAAUGAGAUCAGGGUGGUGCCACUUUCUAGGCUGGACAGACUUUGUGGUGCUGCCUCUGUCAAGCGCUAUUUAGAGGAGGAGGAGUCUAAAUUGCCUGCUUCAUUGAUCGUAACCUGGCCUGAAGGUGAUGUUGUCAAACCAAAUGAAAAAAGACCAGCAGGAAAAACCAUUGGUGCUCUAAAAAUAGAAAUUGAAAACAGAAAAGGAGAAAAAAUACAAAAACUGCCAGGAACCAGUGCCCAAGCUUCCCAGAAAAAGCUACUUGUUGAAUUAAAAGUUGUAUGGCAUAGUCCCAAUGGAGAUCAAACCAUAGUGUCACACAUCAGUCAGCAUGGCAAGACUUGGCCCUACUGGUUCAGGAAAAUGGAGAACAUUCACAACUUGGGUCCCCAUACUCUUCAGCUUCAAGUUGUGCUAAAUGAGAGUGGAUCUACCAUUUAUGCGGGGAAGAGUCUACCAUCUCAUCAUAUCAAGUUCACAGUCACUGAGGGAGACCCAGAAAAAUUCACUAUGGGGAUGUUAGAGGGUCCCUUCAGAAUUGGACAGCCAUUCCAGAUACCACUUGUGUUCAGAGAUGCAUUCAACAACAUCACAAAACCACUCCAGUCAUCUACACCAACCAUUCAGGCUAGAGAUCUUGACAUUUCUUAUGAGAAAACUGUAGUUAAAGGAAGUAGUCUGAUAUUGUCAGGAAUUGUCGCAAAAGGCAUCAUCAGCGAGAAACACACAGGGAGCUAUGGAGUUACUAUCACAGUCCCAGGACUAAGAGAAGAUGCACAAGCUCUGAAGAUCAGAAUGUUACCUGGACUGCCAAAGGCUUUGAAUGUGAAACCAGAGGAGAAAAUCACCAUAGAGAAUGGCACAGCACCAGUAUUCAGGGUGGAAGUGUUAGACUUGUCCGGCAAUAUUACCACUGACAAAAAUCUCACAGUUACCUGUAAAUUUUCUGGUAUGCCUACUUCCCCCAUCUACUCCCUGGACUGCUCUGCUGCGGGGUGUGGUAACAUUACAGGAGAACCCAUUCUUCUUAAAAAGGUCAAAGAUAAGCAUGAGCUAACAGCAAAGUUUGAAGUUACGAGUAAGAAGGACAUACCUGCAGUAGAGCGGUCAGUCAUUGUCACUCCCAGUAACUCGAUUUCACACAUUGAGAUCAAACAGGAAGAGAACAAGCGACAGAGAAUGCUGAAACAAGGAGAAAGCAUUAUGGGAAUAGCAGGGGAGACCAUCACAGGAUUGACUUUCUUGUUAUAUGAUGAGGCUGGAAGGGCUGUCACCAUAGAUGAUAAAGUUUUCCCUAAGAUUAAGGUAAACUGGACACCGAAAUUAAACCAGGAGAUGAUCAUGUCUGGGAACCUCCCCCCAGUCAAAGUCCCCUCCUCUGUCACAGACUUGAAAUAUUGCCAGGUGGCCAUUCAUGACAAAUCUAAUGUAGAAUUCAGCUUCACUGUCAAUGCUCUGCCUGCUGAGCCAAACCAGAUCAAAUGUAAAUGUCAGGGACCUGCAGUUGUACAGAUUGGGGAGAUGUUAAAACAUGAAGUACAAAUCACCGUUAAGGACAAGUUCGGAAAUGAAAUUACGGAUCUUCCAAAGAACUCUGCACAUGAAUUCCAAGUGACAGGGGAUGGCUUACAGGAACAACUAGUCAAAGUGACUUCUAAUAAGAAUGGGUUUGCGAUCAACAAUGUGCAAUUUGAGGGAGGGAAAAUAGGCACAAAGGACCUGAAGGUGACCUGGCGGGAUCUGAGGGACUUUGUCAGGAUUGAGAUGGUAGCUGGUCCUCCUGAGACACUUAGUUUACCAGGCUGGGACUGUGAGGAGACCAUCACAGUACUGAAUGAGGGUAAACUCCCUAGGUCUUUAGUGGUUCAGCUCUGUGAUCAGUUUGGAAAUCCUUCCAAAUUGGCAGAUGUCAGAGUACAACUAACUAAAGAUGGCAAAAUAAAGCUGUAUCCUCCACCAACUCCACUGAAAACCAAUGCCCAGGGACAAGUGGACUUUGGUGUAUUGACUGUAACAGGUCCAAGAGGCACCUAUGAACUCCAGCCAAAAGCAUUCCAUGGUAAAGCAGAACCUAUUCUUGGUCCUAAGAUUUCAGUUCAACUUCAGCCAAAUCUGAUGAAGCCCACUUCUCUGUCAGUAGAGUAUGAUAAGAAGGCAAACUUUGUGGUGGGAGAAAAACUACCAGAGUUUACAGUGAAAGUUUUGACAGAGGAUGAUCAGCCCAUGGCCAGUGCCAAAGUGUCCAGUCUGUCCCUCAAGCUAUGGAAGAUGGAUGCCAAUGUAUCCAGUGGUCCACCAUCACGAGCAGUGUCUUACAGCCCUGAGGCAGUGAAGGGAAGUCCUGGUGUGUUUCUCUUUAAGGAGAGAAAAACCCCUGAGAGUGCUGCUGUACACCAGAUAAUGAUCACAUAUUAUGAUGGCCAGUAUGAGCUGUUCAGCAAUGUGAUGACAGUUCACAUCAAACCAGCCCCUCCCAUGCAGCUAUUGCCGAUAGACAACCCAGGAACUCCCACAGUGUCCAACACCAAGGCAUCCACUGCCAGAUGUGUGGUCCGUCAACUUAGACUAGAACUGAGGGAUCAGCAUGGUAACCCAUCUGGUACAGGAUACAAUGGGAAAGUGAAAGUAGAGAUUUGUGGACCAGAGGAUGCGACAGAGGUCCCAUGCUUUGUUGGUGGCAGUAGAACACUUGAAAUACCCCUUAACAAUGGUGCAUGUGCCCUCAAUAACCUGACCAUACAAGAGAAUGCACCAGGCCAGGAUGGACAGGAGUAUGUGCUUCGCUGUAGUGUUGUGUGUUCUCUUAUUCCUAGGAAUAAAUCCAUUCCACCACUGGAGAUUCCUUUCCUGUUUUACAAUGAUGUAAAGAAGCAGAGUCAGAUGUCUCAGCUGUCCAAACAGAGAGAUAACCUCCAGAAAGUGAUCAACACCUACCGCUCACUAUUUGACACAACAGAUAUGCUUACAAAGGAGCUACAAACAUCAGUCAGAGAAGCAAUUCAAGAAGAAAACAAAAUUAGAGAGGAGCUCCAGAAACUUAAAGUCAACCUGAGCCAGUCAUUAACAUUGGGAAAUGUUGAAAAACAAAUAGAGUCUAAAAAAUUAGAGAAGGAAAAGCACUUACCAAGAAACAGACGGAUGUGUGGUCUACCACAGCUACCUGGAAAUCCAGACAUUGUAGGAAAGAUUGGACAUUUAGCUGAGAUUGAAGACCCUGAUAUUGCCAGGGUGUUGUCAUGGCACAUGUCAUCUGACAUAGAUUGUGUGGUCACCAAGACAACCAAAAUGGCUAAGGAUGUCUAUAAGCAGACAAAUGGAAAACAACAGGUCCUUCCUAUUGACUCAAUCUUCAAGAAAAGCUUACCAGACUGGAAUAAACCUCUUCCUCACAUUCGAUACAGAUCAGGCUGGAAACCUCCUGGUAACCCAUCUUAUGCCAGAGGUUUUCUAGAGUUCCCUCAGCAUAAAGAGGAAUGUCAAAUUGUGUUUGGGAUGUUGUUGGGAGAUACCCUAAUUCUGGAUGAUCUGAAUUCUGCCAAUGCUUAUCGACAGGAGAUUGUGAAAUUUACACAUUGUCCCACAAUUCUCACCAGAGAGGGGGAUCGAAUAAGGAGCAAUGGCAAGUUUGGGGGUUUGAUGAAUAAGGCAGUGCCUUUUGAGAAACUGAAGGGGGCAGUGUUUGGGGAGCCGCUUUCCCGUCAGUAUAAAGAGGCGGACACAAUUCUUGAAAAUCUUCAGAGACUUAAAGUUGCAAUGCAAAAGACAGAAAAAGCCAAAGACGAACUGAAAGAACAGUCUAGUUACAUAGAGCUACCAGAGAUGAAGAACAAGAAGAAGGAGUGUCAAGAGGCAGAGAAACAGCUGAGGGAAAUCGAACAGAAAUUAGGUAUGACAUCCACACCUUCGAGAUCGCGCACCCCACAAGUCACCACACCUGUGCCAGAGGCUGCCACGCCCAGUAAACGGUCCCGCCUCUCCAAUCGUUUCCCUGUCAAUGGGACAGAGACUGUCCCCACCCCUAGUCCUCAGUUCACCCCCACCAGACAAAGUAAAAGACUAGCCUCCAUUACCCCCACAUCAGAGGACAAUAGAAAAAAGCUACGAAGAACGUGAACAUUGCAAAGUGUAUAAAUGGGACGGUGUUUUUAUUAAUCAUGAAUGACAUUUGUAAAGGGCAUUCGAUCAUACAUGAUAGAGGAAUUUACAAAAUGGCAGCUGGAAAUCAUAUGAAUGAUGAUUUACAUUUUAUUUUUAAAAAAAAAAGUGUAGAACCAUUACUGACUGUAGGAAAAGUACUAAUAACUUGGUACUGUACUGGUCAGGGCUGUAUAUCGUAGUUGGUGUUUGGGAAUGGUGUAAAUCAUUUUAAGUAGAUUAGUGAAGAUUACAGAACAGAUGUUUUAUCACCAUGGAGGUUCAUUUCCAGAUGUAGAUGUAUUUCUCAGUAUUAUUGUACAAAGUAUGAGGUUUUAAUUACUGCUGUAAUGUUAAAAACUUAAUCUUCUUCAUAUAACAUGUAUUUGAAUUGAUAGUCCUCAAUUUCAAUUUGUUUUCUUUCCAUUUGCAACCAAUCCUACAAAAUGGGCUGAAUCAAAAUAUUACAUUGCUUUUUCAAUGAACAAAUAGUUUUUCUAAUAAGAAAUUGCUAAUUAAAGAUGAAUACAUGCACUAUUUUUUAUGAAUAAAUUUUAUACACAGAAAAACAAGUUUAUUUCCAUACCUUCUUGACCAAACGGUAGAAAUGGUGAAAUACAGACAAAACAGAAAACACUUUCAUUUUGGUCCUAUAUAUCAGAUUAAAACAAAAAUGUUUUAAAACUCUUAAUAUUAGUAUUGUUAUGUAAUAUUUCUAAAAAGUUCAUAAUUAUUUACAUGUAUCAAUGAUUGUGUACUAUAUUUUGUAGAAUUUGCUCAAAUCCUUAAUGUAAGCCUUCUUGUGAGAAGCUAAAAAGAGAUAAAACAUGGAAAUAAUUUGUCCCUGUCAACAUGUACAUGUGUUCUUUUUUAAGUCUAUUAACCAUUGAAUGAAUAGCAAUUUUGUCAGCAUACAUUUUUUUUUAAAAAAGAAUUUGGCUUUUUUCUUGAAAUAUGUUAAAACUAGGGAUGGCAAGGAAUAUUCGAAUAUUCAUUUGAUGAGUUGAUAUUCGAAUAUGAAUUUAAGAUUCAAAUAUUCGGUGUUUUUCAGAUUUCAUAAAAAGAAGUACUGUGAUUAAUAAAUUUUGGAAUUAUCCCUGUUUAAUUUACUAGCAAUCAAUUUCGAUCGCCUGAUUUCUUUCACUACUUUCUUAUCUUA